ACGAUAUAACCGUCAAGGACUUUCCUCUACGGGGGAAGGUAACACGCGUCGACGUGAAUAUUUCUAGUAAUUUUUCCCUAUCUGUUUGAAAUAACUGAUUUUAAAUUACGCAAAGAAAACACAAUCAAAAUCAAUUUGAUGAUAGAGAGAUUUAUUUUAAAAUGAUAACAUCGAGAGUUCAAGGUAAAGCUAGUGCUAUUAUCAAUAGUAUAUCUGAAAUAAAUAAAGCCACGUUCGGUUAAGUAUAAAUUGCUGUCAUAGUGGAAAUUAAUUAGAGAUGCCACAGAAUAAUUUGGUGAACCAACUGUAAUUUGCUGUCUAUAAGAACAUCUGUAGCAAAUAAAUAUAGGAUGGCCCACCUUUUACUGCUGCUGUUCUGUCUUAUCAUGUACAGGACUUAUGGCCGAGCGCACGCUUUCCCUGAUCAUAAUUCCUAUUGGGAACAAACUCUGACCCAACCUUACUUCGACAACUCUUCCAGGAGAGAAAUUACUACAACAAUUAAUCAAACAGCUCAAUUACAUUGUAGAGUUCGGAAUUUAGGGGAUCGGGCUGUAUCGUGGAUUCGAAAGCGAGAUCUACAUAUUCUAACCGUAGGCAUUUUGACCUAUACAAAUGAUCAAAGGUUUCAAGCUUUACACCCCGAUGGAUCUGACGAGUGGACUUUGACUAUAAGAAAGGCCCAGUUUCGGGAUUCCGGCAUAUACGAAUGUCAAGUCAGCACCGAGCCCAAAAUAUCACAAGCAUUUCGACUCAAUGUUGUCGUAUCAAAGGCGAAAAUCCUGGGGAAUCCGGAAUUAUUUAUAAAAAGUGGCAGCGAUAUAAACUUGACUUGCAUCGUCCUGCAAACGCCGACUCCGCCGAGCUUUAUCUACUGGUUUAAGGGUAACCAGGUGAUCAACUAUUCACAACGGGGAGGAAUUAGCGUUGUCACCGAGAAACAGACCCGCACUAGUCGACUUUUAAUUUCCCGAGCCCUACCAAGCGACAGUGGGAACUACACCUGUGCCCCUUCGAGCAGCGAUGCAGCAAGCAUCACUGUCCACGUCCUAAAUGGCGAAAAACCUGCCGCAAUGCAACACGGGAACGAAAAUCUGGCUGUCGAAACACUAACUAAAUUCAAUAAACUGUUGUUCAUUUUAAUCACCCUAAUCUUUGCCGUUGUCAGAUGAACAUCCUGUUAGAUGAACCCGCCCGUUUCAAUGUAUUGCACCCUAAAAACGCGUCUAAUAUGACCAAUAGAUGUUGGGAAUGGUGAUUUUCACAAGAAUCCUUCACUAUUUAAAUUUUUUACCUGUUUCCAAUAGCGAUGUGGUGUUUCAUGUCACAUUACGUAAAUGUCAAUCAAAAUCAAAAAGUUCUUCUAAAAUAUCCUUUUUCUAUAUUUCUAUUCCUUCUACCGCAGCCUCUCAAUCAACUCGUCGUCGAUGUACAUGAUACGUAUAUAUA